AUGGGUGAACCUACGUUGGCUCUCACCCCGAAGGCGGUUGCUAGGUUGCAGGCCGCAACGGAGAAAGCGUCUAGAGACUUCCGUUCUGAUGUUGUUACCGUUCCAACACAGGCCAUGAUGCAGUCAAUCAUCGAGGCAACCUUUGGCGACGAUAUCUAUGACACCGAGGGCGAUCCAUCCGUGUCAGCUCUAGAGAACACAAUAGCAGAGCUCACUGGAAAGGAAGCGGCUCUGUGGACAAUGUCCGGGACUCAAGGGAACCAGAUUUGCCUGCGAGUCCAUUUGACACAACCUCCUCAUAGUGUUCUCGUAGAUGCUCGAAGCCACAUUCAGUGCAUGGAGACUGGAGGCCUGGCAGUUUUCUCUCAAGCUAUACCCAUUGCUGUAAAGCCGGCAAACGGUGUCCAUCUUACUCUCGGCGAUGUGCAGAAGAAUAUGAUUCCAGAGGGCAACAUCCAUCACGCGGUAACACGUGUUGUAUGUCUGGAGAAUACGCUCGCCGGCACAAUCCUGCCUCUUGACGAAGCUAAGAAAAUAUCCCAAUUCGUCCGAUCAUAUCCUGUUCCCGAAGGAACAAAUCCCGUGGUUAUGCAUCUUGACGGCGCUCGCAUCUUUGAUGCCGUGGCCGCGGAAGGCGUGUCGCUCAAAGAGUACGCAGCAUGCUUUGACAGUGUGUCAAUUUGUCUAGCCAAAGGCUUGGGAGCACCCAUGGGUAGUAUAAUUGCCGGCACAAAGCCAUUCAUUGAGCGAGCGAAAUACUUCAAGAAAAUGUUCGGUGGUGCUACUCGACAGCCCGGGAUGAUGGCUGCGGCUGCGCUGGCGGCAAUGGAAAUUACGCUGCCAAAACUCAAGAGCAUACACUCCUUGACCUAUGACAUAUCUACCAAACUGGAAGGCCUGGGCUACAAGUUGGCCCUUCCAGCACAGACCAAUAUGAUAGUUUUGGAUCUAGCGGCGAUGGAGAUUCCUGGCUCUGCCUUUGUCGAAUACUGCGCCAAAUACGGGCUCACUACUUUUCCUAGUGGUCGAAUUGUAUUCCAUCAUCAAGUGACAAGAGAAACUGCGGCAACUUUGGUUUCAGCAUUGUCGAAACUAAUCGAGGAUAAGAAAAACGGCCUUGAGUUUUCAAGUAAGAUCUUGCAGUCUGGCUGUACUUGA